AUGGAAAAGGUGGUGGGUUCAGCUGCAGUCGACGUGGGAAAGUGCGCAUGUGCUUCUCUUAAGGAACACGCCGGCUAUCUUACUCAUUUUCAUAACAACGUUAAGGAUCUGAAAGACCGCGUACAAUAUCUGGUGGCCAGGAAGGAGCACAUAGAUCGAUUGGUAAGCCCGGACCACUCCAAUGGUGAAGAAAAAACCCCAGAAGUUAGUCUAUGGCUAACACAAGCUGUCGAAAUGAAACAAGCAGCAGCUAUGAUAGAGCAAAAAGUGGCAGAAAACAAGGGAUGUCUACAUUGUCUGAAUUUGAGAUGGCGUUACAGUAUAAGCAAGCAGGCGAAACAGAUGACGGAGCGCAUUGUUAGGCACUAUGAUGAUGGGAAUCCCGAGAAGAUGAAGAUGACAAUGCCCCCAUCCCUUCCGUCCGUCAUAAACGAGGAAGCCCCAUCAAUCCAGGGUCUACCAUCAGUAGAAUCAUCUCUCCACGAAGUCAUGAGUGCUUUACAUGAUGAAAAGACCAAAAUAAUUGGAGUAUGGGGCAUGGGUGGUGUGGGCAAAACUACCCUCGUGAAAAAUGUGAACAAUGAGUUAGAUGGGACACGACAAUUCAAAAAAGUCAUAAUGGUAACUGUUUCAAAGGACGUGGACAUCAAGAAGAUCCAGGGCGACAUUGCAAAGAGAUUGGGUUUCACACUCCCUGAUGGGACCGAGUCCUCGCGAGCAAGUGACCUGAGGAGCAGAUUAAUGAAAGAGGAGACAUUCCUCAUCAUCUUGGAUGAUUUGUGGGAGCCGCUUGUUUUGGCCGAGGUAGGGAUUCCCUCUCCUACCAGCCUCAAGGAUUGUAAGAUCAUAUUCACAACACGGAGUAAAAAUGUGUGCAAUAGAAUGGAAAGCAAAGUUAAUGUACUAGUAAAUGUGCUCUCGGAAAAGGAAUCAGAGAAACUAUUCAAAGAGAAAGCUGGUGACGUUGUUGAUUAUCCUUCUUUACAUACCAAGGCAAUGGAGGUUUUGAAGGAAUGCGCUGGUCUUCCACUUGCAAUUACAGCACUAGGAUGGGCAUUGAAGGAUGAAAAAAAUCCUAGAGUGUGGGAGGAUGCACUAUCACAGAUGAAGAUGUCAGCACCAAGAGAUAUCGAAGACAUGGAGAAAGCAGUGUACCAGUCUAUCAAAUUCAGCUACGAUCGUUUGCAAGAUGAGCUAAAACCGUUGUUCUUGUUCUGCUGCCUGUUUCCUGAAGAUUAUGAUAUUCCUGUGGACCAGAUGAUUCAUAUGUGGAAGGGUGAAGGCUUUUUAGAUGACCUUGAAAGUUUGGAGGAAGCGAUAAAUAGAGGGCAUACUUGGGUUGGGAAACUCAUAUCUUCUUGUUUGUUAUUAGCAAGUUCAGAGGAAGGACAUGUAAAGAUGCAUGACAUCGUUAGGGAUGUUGGCAUUUGGAUUUCGUCAAACGAAUGCAAGGACUACAAAUCUUUUGUGGGAAUCCCACAUAAAGGUUUGUCACAUGGAAAAAACUGGGAGGAAUAUAAGAGAAUUUCUCUCUGGCAAUGUGGAAUUAAUAAACUGCCAGAAGGGAUGCAUUGUCCUAAAUUGCUGACAUUGAUGAUGCGAGAAAAUAAGCAGCCGAUUGAAAUUCAAGGUGGGUUUUGGGAAGCAACAAAAGAACUUCGGGUUCUGGAUCUAAGCAAAACAGCUAUCAGAAAGAUACCAUUGUCAAACCUGGUGAAUCUACGGGUGCUUUGUCUGAGGAGGUGCAAGUUUGAAAAAGGGAUUUGUUUGUCAGCACUUGGGGGACUGAAGCAGCUUGAAUUUCUCGAUCUGUCAUUUAACUACUGGUUAAUCAAGUUGCCAAAAGAAAUCGGAGAAUUGGUCAAUCUGCGGAACUUGGACUUGACCAAUACUACUCAUCUUAAAAUUGUUCCGAGUGGUGUUAUAUCAAGGUUGACUCUCCUGGAAGAAUUGAAGAUGUGGAAUAGUUUCCAGGAGUGGAAGGCUGAAGAAAAUGAUGCAAGCAGCAGUAGUAGCAGCAUCAACGCCUCUUUGAGUGAAGUGGCAUCUUUGAAAGAAUUAUCUAAUUUACAUCUCUGUAUUGUGGAAGUGGAACGUUUCCCACAAGAGUAUCCUCUGAUUAAACAUCUAACAAAGUUGAAGAACUUUUGCUUCUGUAUAUGCCAAAGGCCUAAUGAUGGUGUUGUAGCCCAUGAGUAUCCAGUAUCGAACCCUGAUGAGUUGAAAUAUAUGGAGUUGGUUGGUUGUAGUCCCAUCCCCGAAUGGGCGCUAAUGCUUUUACCACAGACCACCCAUUUAAAGUUAAUAUAUUGCGAGGGUCAAGAGGCACUUAAUCGCGGUACAGGAUUCCCAAGUGUGAAAUAUCUUACAGUUGAAAAAUGUGAUGAUGUGGAAUUUGUUGUCAGUGCAAAGGAGUCUCCUGAAAAUGCAUUCGGUAAUCUACGGAGUUUAAAGUUAAGAAAGCUGCCAAAUCUAAAGAAAGUCGUCGCUACGUAUGAAGAGGGAUUGCUUCCCACCCUUUUACUUCAUAACCUUAAGAAGGUGGAAGUGAAUGAAUGUCCUGAACUAAAGCAUCUACUCCCAUCCGUUUUAUUGCAAGGAAUGGAUAAUUUAACCGAUGUCAGUGUGUCUUAUUGUGGAGGAAUGGAGCAUUUAUUUGAUGGACCACCCACGGUGGAGCAACGCAAUGAUGUGCUCUCCAAACUCGAAACCUUAGUUCUUUCAAAUCUCAGGAGCAUGACAAGUAUCUGGCCGAUGGGGUUAGUGGUGAAGCUCCAAAAUCUCGCUACUCUGGAUGUUUUGGGUUGCCAUGGCUUGAAGCAGAGCGUUGUGUCGGCGAUGCAGAUUAAGGGUGGGCUCCCUAAUCUCGUCAAGCUCAAUGUGGAUAAUUGCAAAGGAGUGGAGGAGAUCAUUUCAGAUGUGGUGGAUACUGAGGGUCUCACACCUAAACUAAGAAUUCUAAAAUUAAGUGAUCUACCGAAAUUGGUGCGCAUAUGUGGAGGAGAGGCUGAUCCCCUGCUGGAACUGGAUUGGAAUUCACUGGAACAAAUACGAGUGGUGAGUUGUGGAGGAAUGGAGCAUGUAUUUGAUGGACCGCCCAAUGAUGUGUUUUUCAAACUUAAAGAUCUCCAUAACCUGACUACUCUCGUGCUUUGGAGGUGCCAUUUCUUUAAGAAGACCGUUAUGUCGUCCGUUCAGAUGAAGGGUGGGCUCCCUAAUCUCGUCAGCCUCAUGGUGGAUGAUUGCGGAGGAGUAGAAGAGAUCAUUUCAGAUGUGGUGGAUAAUGAAGGUCUCCUACCUAAACUAGAAAUUCUAAGAUUAUCCUCUCUACCGGAAUUGGUGCGAAUCUAUGGAGGAGGAGUGGCUGCUCCACCACCGCAAUUGGAUUGGCAUUCAUUCAAAACAAUUUAUGUGUAUGGAUGUCCCAAGCUUAAAAACUUGCAGCCUCUGCAAGGUGGGGCCGACAGUGUGCCGUCGCUUCAAGACAUAAAUGGAGAAAGGAAUUGGUGGAAGGGGUUAGAUUGGGAAGGAGACGAUAGUGCCAUCUCCCAAUUCCAUUCCCUGUUCAAAGAGGUACUGCCGGAUGAUGAAGACGACCGAUGGAAGAUACGAAGAGAGAGGGUAGUGAAGGCCCUUCAACCCUGUGAUGGGGAUUGUGUAUAUAAUGCGACUCUUUGA